GUUAAAUACAUAUUUCGGAGCGAAAUUAUUCAUGUUUUUGACUAGGCGAGUGUUAAAGGGACAGCCAUCAGAGGAAACACAUGCGCCUUGAAUUUAUUGUCAGUAAAGCUCAUCUAAGUCAACUAAGAGACAGUCGACAGAGUACAAGUAAAUUUUGAAAUAUCUUUUGCUCUCUUUUGGUUUAAUUUGUAGCAUUUCGGAUACAAAGCCUCAGAAUUUGACAUAUGGGCUUUGAAUUUGACAGGUUACCGAAAUACUACUUGUCUCGCGAAAGCCUUCCUCCCGCAAUCAAUCAGCUGAUCAAAUACACUUAGUCUUCCAUUAAUUAUUUCUGUUUAUUUCCUGUUCGAUAACCGUGUUUAAGGCCCUGCACGUCCGAAGAACUUCACAAUGCGCCAUUUGCGUCUCGUGUUACACUUCAAAGUGUGUGAAAUGCUCGAAGAAAAUUUUCCGCUUCUCUCUUGGUAAGACAAAUCAAGUGGGAAAAAAUGGAUGAAGAGGUCAGCCUCGCAUGUAACAUUUCUUACAACAACUGCGCUAAAAUUGAUGAUGAGAAUAAUAUUUCAGAGCCCGAUUUCAAUCGUGGGUGUUGGAAGUCCUUCGUAGAUCUUUGUUGGCCAGAGACUCCUGUUCAAGAUGGCGCCACACUGUCCUUGAUUAUACCUCUCCUUCUGAUUGCAUCCGUGUCUAUCGGGACGAAUACGUUGGUGUGUGUUGUGUUCUACUUGUACAGUCAGCUCCGAUUAAUAAGACAUUACUUUGUCAUCAACCUGGCUGUCGUGGACGUUGUAAUCGCUGCUGUUCUGAUCCCCUUAUUUGUUGCAAGUCAGUUAGCCCCGGAAAACAUCAUACUCUGUCGUUCCCAGAUCGUUUUGGACAUUGCGUGCGGUACGGCGUCCAUUUUGUGCCUUGUCAUGAUCAGCCUGGAACGUUACGUGGCCGUGAAAUAUUCCUUGCAUUACCAUUCGAUAGUCACUCAGCGUAAGGCCAUUUUUGGCAUGGUUUUUAUCUGGACUUACUCAGCGAUUGUCUCUUGCACCGCCUUCCUAUCUUUGGUCAGAAAUUCCAACAAUAGCAAAAAUCUGCUGCAGUGUUUUUUCUUAAGCCGCGGGUACGUGACCUUUAUCACGAUAGCGAGUUUCAUUAGCCCAGUUUGUGUGAUGACGUUUGCUUACUGGAACAUGUUCAUCGUUGCUCGCUCGCACGCGCGAAGAAUUAACUCUCAAUCGACGCAAUGUGAUCCCGAGGGAUCGGGACACUCCAAACAAAGAUUGAAGCGGGAACUUAAAGGAGCAAAGACUUUGACCAUCAUAAUGGGCACCCACUUUCUCUGCUGGUGCCCGCUGUUUGUUUUUUAUCUUGUUUACACGUACACGUCUUUACAGGUAACGAAGACAUUUACAGUUAUUAAUCAUGUUAUUCUCUUUCUUCGAUACUGUAAUUCGCUCUUCAACCCUCUUAUUUACAGUG